AUCUCACAGAUCCAAUACUACGUGGAGGGGUGGUUCCGUUCCACGUCAACGUCCUAGGUAAUCCACGUGACCUAAUGUAGCACAACGAAACACAAGGUAUAGACAAAUCGUGUCAAUAGAAAUUUUGACACUGUUAAUAACGUUUUGACUGAAGAGCUGCCAUAAAUCAUGUUUAUCCCCUCACUAGCCUGCGGGACAUAUUUAUUCCAGCUGUAGAACAAAUAAUUUGUUGUUCUUCAGUUUGUGACGGCUCUGUCCGAACCCUCCGUAAUAUUGCAAACCAGGAAGUUGCAGUUUCCCAACGUCUGCGACAAGCUAGCUGGUAGUUUACGCAAUGAAAGAACUUCUACAUUGGAAAACAUAAAGGACGGUGUUGUUAUUUAACAACGAAAUAGGUCAUUCGCGUGGGUGAGCAUCGUUUACAAUUUCAUUGUAACGAUUCGAGACCGGAAGGACUGCUAGCAAGCUUGUUGUUUAGCCAUCUGGCAGAAUUGUCGACAGCUAACAGUUAACGUUAGCAGGUGUUGUGAUGGCUGUGCCGCACAUACAGUUCUCCUUUGCAGCAAUUUUACUCUUAGUUCUGCUGUCGGGGUGUAACGCGAGGAUACACAAGCUCAGUCUAAAGAAUGAAACACGGUUUGCCAUUGACCUCAACAAUUUUGGUUUCUUCGCAAAUGGAACUCUAAAUGUGAGUCUGUCCUCCCUGUGGCUCAGUGACAUUGUGAACUACAGCAUCUACCCAGUUGGCUUCAGCCUGUCCAGGUCUCGAGUUAAUGGGGUGUUGUCGUACACAGCGGAGGAGACCGAGGUGUGCCCGCUCACGGUGACGAAGACCACCAACGAUGAACCUCUUAUUCUUUUUCUCAUUGACAGCAAGAAUCUGGGAGUCAACGUGAGUGCCAUGGGCGUUCAGGAUAAUUUCCUGAUUGCCAAAGCCAAGUUGGAUAAACCUAAAGAAAAAAAGGUUACAAAGAGGGCUAAUGGCAAUGGAGAACCAAACGAUGCAAAUGAGAAGCCAUUAAACACAAACCCAAAACAAGAUGAUGGGAAAGGGAAAGAAGAACCAGCAGAAAACAAAAAUCCAAACCCUGCUGGGGAAGCUAAGAAAGUUGAGGAAGCUAAGAAAGUGGAAGAAACUACAUUUCUGCUGAACAGUUCAGUCAAGCCGAUUUUAGCCCUGGACAAAACGAAUGGCUUGUACAACUUCAGCUUCCUUCUGGUCGUUGGCCCAAAGGAUCAGGGUCUCUACAGCCUGAAGUUCCACUAUUGUCAGAACAGGGUGCCUGGAGUCAAGAAGCCUUAUGCCUUGACGGUGGACGUGGUAGAAAAGAACCCAGGAGAGAGCUACCUGUCUGCGGCCGAAAUCCCCUUGUCUCGUCUUUACAUCUGUAUGGCCGGAGUCUUCUUCACUGCUGCUAUGGUGUGGGUCUACAUGCUCAUGAAGCACAGAUACAGUGUGUUUAAGAUCCACUGGCUGAUGGCUGCACUGGCAUUCACCAAGUCCACAUCUUUAGUUUUCCACAGUAUCAACUACCACUUUAUCAACAUCGAGGGUCAUCCUAUCGAAGGCUGGGCUGUCAUGUACUAUAUCACACACCUGCUGAAGGGGGCGCUCCUGUUCAUCACUCUGGCACUGAUUGGGACGGGCUGGGCUUUCGUUAAAUACAUCCUCUCUGACAAAGAGAAGAAGAUCUUCAUGAUAGUCAUCCCUCUGCAGGUGCUGGCGAAUGUUGCCUACAUCAUCAUCGAGUCGACAGAGGAAGGCUCCAGUGAGUACUAUCUGUGGAAGGAGAUCCUCUUUCUGGUGGACCUCAUUUGCUGCGGAGCCAUCCUGUUCCCCGUUGUCUGGUCCAUCCGUCACUUACAGGAGGCUUCCAGCACAGACGGGAAAGCUGCCAUGAACCUGGAGAAGCUCAAGCUGUUCAGGCAUUACUACGUUAUGAUCGUGUGCUACAUCUACUUCACGAGGAUCAUAGCCAUUUUGUUGAAGAUCACAAUGCCCUUCCAGUGGCAGUGGUGUUAUGAGUUUCUGGUGGAAGUGUCCACUCUGAUCUUCUUCGUGCUGACCGGCUACAAGUUCCGACCGGCGUCCAACAACCCGUACCUGCAGCUGCCCCUGGAUGAAGAGGAUGUGGAGAUGGAUGAAGUAGUGACAGAGUCGGGCGUUCUGGAGGGAAUCUCCAAAGUUAAGAAGACGUCUAACGGACGCGAGCGCCAGAAAGAGCCCGCUCUGUGAGCAGGAGGCUGCGUGGUAGGGAGGGACCAGCCUCAGGUCGGGGUGGGGGCUCAUAUGGACCAAGACCUCCUCUCCCCCCCACUUCCACUGACAGCUCUCUGUUCAAAACUCUUCAAGUGGUUGCAAAGCUCAUGCCCACUGUCUGGCUAUGCAAAACAUAAAAAACAAACAAAAAACAAAGAUGGCUAACAUGAUGGAGGUUGUCCAUUUUCUUUGGGGGUGCUCCACCCAAAACCUGAAGGGCCCCCCGAGGGUUUUUUUUUUUUUUUUUUUUUUUUUUUUUCUGAAUGGGUGGGGAAAUGGAACAGAGCUCUGAAAUUCUUUUUUUUUUCUUCUCUGUUUCUCUUCAAAGCUUAUUAUAAAUAUUAAUAUUAUUAUUUUAAACAAAGACUUGGGUGUGUUCAUGCCGGCUAUUUAAAAACGGUACUCCUGCAUUCUGCAGACAACAUCUUUUUUUUUUCUUUCUUUUUUUUCUGUAAAAUGGGAACCAACGUAAUAUGACACAAAUCUAGAUUUUCCUCCUUUGGAUGCAAUAGCCCAUUCUCAGGUGAAAAGAAAAAA